CUCGUCAGUACUCCAGACUGUAAACAAUCUCUUCGUCCUUUGAGACCAAAAUCCCCAACUAAUCACCAAUCAUGAAGUGCAUCGUAGCUGUAGUCAUGACCCUGGCCGUCGUCGCCCAGGGAGGUGUCGUCCCCGUUGCUUACUCCGCCCCUCACGCCACUGUUGUCCAGCAGAAUGUGCCCGCCACUAAGUACGUCGUGUCGGCUCCAGUGACCACUUACGCCGCUGCCCCAGCCAUUGCCCCGGUUGCCACUUAUGCCGCCACUCAGUACGCCUACAACACCGCCCCUGUUGCCACUUAUGCCGCCGCUCCAGUCGCUUAUGCUGCUGCUCCAGCCGCCGUUGCCACUUACGCCGCCCCUCACACCACCUAUGUCCAGCAGAAUGUUGCCCCUCGGUAUGUUGCCGCCCCAGUGGCCUACACCGCCGCUGUUGCUCCAGCCGCCGCCGUGACCUACUCUGCCGAUUCCGAGGUCGUUGAGACCAGCUCCGUUGUGGCCGCCGCUCCAGCCGCCGUUGUUGCUGCUGCCCCAGCCGUCGCCAUUGCUCAUCAGCCAGCCGUCGCCGUCGUUGCCCAACAGGAAGCUCGUUAUGUGGCCGCCAACCGUGGAGCCGUCCAUGAGGCCCCUCUCGCUGGACAUGCCGUCUCCCAGCAGUCGCUGAACCUGGAACCAGCUGCGGGAACCCUGUAAAGCGCCUGUCUGCCCAAAAACAACAAAAAACCGGACCAACCUACCUACCUACCGCCUAUCCAAGUAUUUGGAAACUUUGAAUCUCAACUCAAUGUGCGAAGUCAUCACAAGUCUAGGAUUCCGUCGAGUCAAAUAAAUGUAGUUUGUUUGUAAUUAA